GCCGAACCCAUCUCGUCUCCAAUCGAUUCUAAUGUUACACAUGACGAACCGCCGUACAGCAUUGAGGACCGCAACGAACUCCACAGCCACGUCCAAACCCAGUACGGAUAGCCGCCGGAAUUCUCUGGAAAUCAAUUUGCAGACUGCAGGGAUGCGACCAUACAAACGGGCUCGCUUGUCGGACCACUCCAACACAACAUCAGAGACAGGAUCUGCCAUGCGACCAAGUGAAGACACAACGCCCAUCCCAGACGACAGCAAUCAGGACGCUAAUAUCCCAGACGUUUUGCCGACGUUGGAAACUUCCGCAGCGGACGAUUUUGAUGACGUGUCUUUGAUUGAUGAUGAUUCUGUUGAUGACGAGCACCAAGACGAUGAGGAAAGCGAUUUGCAACCGCCUUCGUCUCCACACCCCAAACGCCGAGGUCGAAAACCAAAAGUUAGACUUGCUGCUACUCCUAGUGGGUCACUGGUCGAUAGCCUGGUUCCUGGCACAUCUCUUAAUGGCGACCUCGAAGACCUCGAGUCCGACCAUGACGUGCAAAAGGCCGCACGACGCCUUCCUGGGAGACGUCGAGCUCCAAACGCUGAUCCGUACAUGGAAGCCUGCUUGAGACGUCAGCUUCAGCUAAGGAUGGGUCACCGAGCCGUGUCGAAAGCACUAAAGCCCCUUUUGGUCGAAUUGGCGACGCGAACCUCCCAGCGGUUGCACCUGCACGAGGACGACGAAGAAUUCUGGGAGAUUGAGCAACAUUUGUCUCUAGAGCUCCGUAAUCGUUUGCAGACUCGUUUGGCAUUUCUCAAAAAUGAGCACCGGGUGAGCGCAGAGUACUGUAACCGGAAGCUUGAGAAAGACAAAGAUUACUUGCAGAUGCAGUUUGAGGAUCAUUUAGCGGCACUUCAAGAGAAAUUUAUUGUCAAGACGGAAUAUAGAAUCCUUGAGCUUAGUCGCCAGUAUGACCAUGAAUUUGAUGAGGAAGCAACUGACGAUGAGGAUGGGGCUUUGAUUCGUCCUCUUCAUGGUCGGCCAACCGCAAGUAAUCCUACUGGUCGCGUGGAUGCUCGGCAUGAUUCUCGGAGCCGCUUUUACCUCGAGAUGGAUAGGCUAAGAAAGAUAUACCACCAACGCGAUCAAUUCCAAAAGGAAUAUAUGUCAGUAUUGGAAGGAAACUAUGAGCGCGCAGAAGUGAAUCCGGACGAGGACUUAUAUGUGGAUGCUGAGACCUUUCCCCUCGACUUCGGCACUGCGGAUGAGGAAAGACGAAUGAUCGCCGCCACUGCAUUGAAUUUCCACAGACUUGCUUACGCAGCCACGCAAAUCGAGCAUGAAGAAGUCAAAAAUACGCAACAACCUGUCUCGCUGAUAUCAACUUCGGACGCUUUUGGGCUACAAGCACUAGUUGCUGCAACAGAAUAUAAAGCACUUGCGGGAAGCGAAAAUCCCAGAAUUAUGUCAAAAGCACCCGCUUUACAAGAACAGCAGCUUGCUGGCACUGAAUUCAAGCUUGAGAACUCUCACCUGGAGCUUCUAGCACACGCAUAUCCUUUAGCCCUCCAACCUGCUCUAGCCUCUCAACGUACCCAAAAUUAUAUGCAGGGCUCACAACUGAUGUCAGGUCAUACACCUAGUCAGAAAAUCACAAAGCAUCAGUCUUCAAUAUCUGACAUAUCGAGUAGUGCCUCGCGUGUCGAUUUAGAAGAGGACUCUGAGGUCGCAAAUGCAGCUGCAAUUGCACCAAACAUGCCAACAAUUCGCCGCCAUCGUGGUUACAGCACUCCCCCAAAUCCGGCCUCUAGCAUCGACAUAUAUAAACAGCAUACAAAGACUGGAAUUGACCGCCCGCCUGCUAGCGCUCACUUCGGCUCCCCCUCGGUCACAAGUCUGGACCCGAAAGCAAGUGAACCAAUGGACCAUCACUCCAUCGCCGGCCCACUUGCAGACCGUCCUGCACGUCCAUUUUGGCACAAUCUGCUUUCCGACAGUUCGCCAAGAAAUGAGCACAGUGUCUCAGAGAUUAAUGUGGCGAAUGAUUCAAAUCGAGGUCGAUCCGAUACCUGUGCUGGUCGCACGUCACCGAAUGGCACGUCUGAUCACGAGCAGAAUCAUCUCGAUCCAACCCCACAGCUUGCCGACAAUACUUCACAAUUUACAAAUUCACAGACGCCACAAUUCUCGCCGAGCUCUUGGCAACAGCCCCAAGCUACAUUUCACCCGCCACCAGUACCCCCGCCCUUCACAGAAUUACCAAUAUCUCCUCUCUACUACCCGCGGCCACAGUAUCAAGCCCCAUAUCCCGUCUAUGCGCAAGCGCUGUCGCAUACUUUGUCACAGCAAGAGCGACCAUCGACGCUGCCAUCGCAGCAGCAGUCAUUGGUCUUCUUCGGACCCCCACCUCCUCCACAAUACGGUCCAUCGCUUGGCCAAGGCCAACACCAACAUUGGUAUCGGCAAUGAGUAGAAUCUGACGACUAAGCUUCAUAGGAGCCGAUUACAAAAUUUGCUACCACAUUGAACCACCUUACGGUCCUCAAUCUAUGAGCCUUCGCUCCCAUUUUUCGUCCUUUUCCCGUCGUGCUAGCUUGACUACUUCACUGUCGUCUCAAAAACCAUUCUUCUUUGUCCUUGACGAAUUGAUCGUGAGCAGGCUUCAAUUUGGUCACAUUCAAGCCAUGGUUGACAACGGCACCACUGUGGGGAUAUUCUCUCCAGGAAGAGCGGUCAUGACGUAGGACAUAAGAGAGUUGUUCAUGUUGUAAGAGUGGUCCGUACUGGUAUCGCUGGUGACGACGGCCUUGGUUUGGCUCCACAUGGACAAGUUUCUCCCGGUCUUAGAUGUGAGCCAGGCUGGCUUCUUUGUAAAAUAAAAUUUGUGCGCGAACGUCAAGCAAGUGAGCUAUGUGGAUGUAAGCGCUAUAGGAAAAAAGGAAGGGCUUCUUUCCUCUUAGAGCACGCUCUGCGCUCCGGUAGGGCUUGGGUUUUGUGCCGACUGACCUAUAGUGCACGCUUUUUCUAGUGAAAAUAUCA